AUGGAGACGCCACGGGAGAACAAGAGGAAGCCGAGGGUGCCCCAGCAGCAGCAGCAGGGCGAUGCGGGGGCCCGACAGACCAUCGCUGAGCAGCAGCUGAGGCAGCUCCAGGAGAAGUUCUUCCAGUUCUGUGACCCUGGAGAUGUUGCUCACAUCCAGGAAGGGACAGAGAAAGCACAUUUACCACAUGGAGAAUCUGGAGGCAGACUGGACAAGGACAGUGACGCUGAGGCCAGUGACCCACUCCAAAUGCAUUACUGGAGGCAUGUCCCCGAGGUGACAGAGGAGGAGGAAGAUGCAGGCAAUACAGGUGGGCUGCCCUUGGAGGCCACGGUGCUCUCAGAGACGCUGAAGCACGAGCUGGCUGGGGCCACGUCUCGGGCGGUGGACUCUGUUCUGAAGACUGUGUGGCCAAAGGUGGCCGGCCACCUCCUGCAGUGGCACUGCAGUCUCCCAGUGCCCACGGAAGGAGACAGGAGAGAGCAUUUUGCUUCUGGGAAAUGCAGAAAACUUCUCCCUAAGCCUCCCCCCAAGGAUAUGCUGAAUUCCCUUGGGGGAGCCCAGGCUAAGACUCUGUCAGGAGAUUCAGACAAGAGCCCAGACUCUCACCCUGGCCCCGUCAAUUCAAGAGGGGUGAGAAAACCCUGCCAGCUUGCUAGUACUGCUUAUCCACUGGGCAUGACAGGCCCUGUUCAGGACAAUCAGCUCCUUAGCCAGCUGCUGGGCUAUGGCCAGCACAACCCCUGGGGCAGCAGCUCUCGUGGGAGCCCUUCUGCUGCAGAGGGGGGCCCUCCGGAGUCCCUCGACUUGCACUGGGGAACCAUCAAACUCAGGUCAUCGGUCGUGAGGCAGCAGCAGCACCCCCUGACGCUGAGCCCUGCCAAGGUGGACAGCCUGGCGCUGCUGCCAGCUGCCAGGGCAGGCUGCAGGGAGCUGCAGCCCGCGAUGGAUGGGGCGCCCUUCGCCUCCAUCCAUAUAUCCUUUGGGGCUGAGAGAUGCUGGCAGCUGGAGGAGGCGCUGACCCCCGGCCACCUGAAGAAGGCCAAACUGAUGUUUUUCUUCACCCGCUACCCCAGUUCCACUCUGCUGAAAACCUACUUCCUUGAUGUGCAGUUCAGCCGCUGCAUCACCUCCCAGCUCAUCAAGUGGUUCAGCAACUUCCGCGAAUUCUACUACAUCCAGGUGGAGAAGUUUGCCCGGCAGGCCCUGCUGGAGGGCGUUGUGGAUGCCAAGGUGCUGAGGGUCUCGCGGGACUCAGAGCUCUUCCAUGCACUCAACACGCACUAUAACAAGGGGAAUGACUUUGAGGUCCCCACGCGCUUCCUGGAGGUGGCCAGCCUGACCCUGCAGGAGUUCUUCAGCGCCGUCAGGGCGGGCAAGGACUCCGACCCCUCCUGGAAGAAGCCCAUUUACAAGAUCAUUUCGAAACUGGAUAGUGACAUUCCAGAAACGUUUAAAUCUUCUGGCGGCUCCCAGGAAGUGCUCAGGAGCUGA